CCUUUGGGGCGUAGCUAUAUGAGUUGUCUUUUUUUUUUUUUUUCAUCAAAGAGGCGUGAGGUGAGGGACGGGGUCGCAAGUCCAUAAAAAGUCCCUGAAGCUUUGGAUUGAUGAGUAAAAAGCGGUGCAGGAGAGCCACACUCGCGCAGGGGAGAAGGAGUGCCGCUCGGGCUGCAAGCUGAUACCUCAUUUGUCUCCUCUAAAGCGGCCUGGACGCCGUGCUGCCUCCAUCAGUCCAUGAUUGUGGAUAUCUGCUCCUCCAGACAAGGGCAAUGUAGUUGAACUUUCACACCUAAAGUGAGCAACAUGACCCCUUGGAGCCGUGCCGUGUUUGGACUUACUUGGAGCUGUUUGACUUUUCUGUCCUGCGCUCACUGCGCCUUCACCGACAACCAUGUGCACUCCAGUUUUAUCUACCGGAGAUUGCGCAAUCACGAGCGACGGGAGAUCCAGAGGGAGAUCCUCUCCAUCCUGGGUCUGCCUCAUCGCCCGAGGCCCUUUUCUCCAGGUAAACAGGCAUCCUCCGCGCCGCUCUUCAUGCUUGACCUUUACAACGCCAUGGCCGUGGAGGAAGAGGGGUUAACGCACGGCGCGGGGAAGAGCCACAUCGCCAAGGCUCAAGGGAACAUCAGGAAAGGUUACUACAGCCCCCCGCAUGCAGGCUACUCCCGUGUGGCCCAGCCCUACCGAGCGGCCCCUCUGCUGGGUCAGAGCCCGGCGCUCACCAUGACACAUGACAACAACUUUCUCAACGACGCAGACAUGGUGAUGAGUUUUGUCAAUUUAGUGGAGAAAGAUAAAGAUUUUUCUCACCAACGGAGACACUACAAGGAAUUCCGUUUUGAUCUGACCCAGAUCCCUGACGGGGAGGCAGUGACCGCCGCAGAGUUUCGGAUCUACAAGGACCGCAGCCAUGCCCGCUUUGACAACAUCACACUGAAGGUUACUAUUUAUCAGGUCAUCAAGGAGUUCCACAACAAAGAUGCAGAGACCUUCUUGUUAGACUCCAAAAGGGUUCAGGCAACCGAUGGAGGCUGGCUGGUGUUUGACAUCACAGCUACCAGUAACCACUGGGUGAUGAACCCACAGCAGAACCUGGGCCUCCAACUCUGUGUGGAGACUUUAGAUGGGCGCAGUAUCAACAUCAAAUCUGCCGGCAUUGUUGGACGCAAUGGACCGCAGUCCCAGCAGCCAUUCCUGGUUGCUUUCUUCAAGGCCAGUGGCGUGCUGCUUCGAUCGGUCAGAGCUGCCGGUGGGAAAAAGAAGAACCACAACCGUAAUAAAUCCACUCAUCAACAAGAAUCCUCUCGGGCACCGAAAAGUGGAGAUUAUAACACAAGUGAGCAAAAGCAAGCCUGCAAGAAACACGAGCUUUAUGUCAGCUUCCGUGAUUUGGGUUGGCAGGACUGGAUCAUAGCGCCUGAAGGCUACGCCGCUUUUUACUGUGACGGCGAAUGCUCAUUUCCACUCAAUGCACACAUGAACGCAACAAAUCACGCCAUUGUCCAAACCCUGGUCCAUUUAAUGUUUCCUGACAACGUGCCAAAGCCGUGCUGCGCUCCCACCAAACUCAAUGCUAUUUCAGUGCUUUACUUUGACGACAGCUCCAACGUCAUUCUCAAGAAGUAUCGAAACAUGGUGGUGAGGUCUUGCGGUUGCCAUUAGUUUAAUUUAUGCUGUCUGCAAUAGGAAAAGGUCGGAAAACACAUCAACUCCAGAAUGCGAUGUGCUUGUACAGUGUUAUGUAUAUAAAGUUUUAUUACCUAAUUUAUUCUCUGUUCAAAAAUAGCACUGAAUAUUGUGAUAUUUAAAUGGUUAGUAAUAAUGUUGAGUAGACAUUGUUCUUACCACACAUAAUGAUGUCCCUUGGCAUAUACUCCCUUUUAUAAAUCGUUCAUUUCACCGAAAUCAUCAUCACUGAAGGUCUUGUAAAUCUUGCUAAAGUGCUCUUUUCAAGUGCGGAAAUAGAAAGAAAUGGACCAAAAAGAUGCCCAGGGGAUGACAUCACGACUCGAGGUGCCUGUUGGAGGAAAAAAGCAGACUUUUCCAGUACAUUCUCGGGUUCUCGGGUUACAUACAAGUUUGGUUCCAGUUAUAUAAGUCGGAUCUUAUAUCUAAGGCAGGGGUCGGGAACCUUUUUGGCUAAGAGAGCCAUGAAGACCAGAUAUUUUAAAAUGUGUAUCUGUGAGAGCCAUAUACAUUUUUUUAAACGUUGAAUGCAAUAAAAUGUGUGCAUUUUUAUGUAAGACCAACAGUUUUAGAUAUAAUGGGCUCUAAUUACGUAGACCAGGCACACUACCCCACGCCAAUGGGGUGUGGCCAGCACACUUUCGUGAGCAGCGCAGUGUCCAAUAAUAAGUCAAAUACUUGCUGCCAUUAAUGCAACUUCUGCUGCUGCAUGGUUUUGCACCGUAUUCAGUACACGUAUUUCAUUCUUUUGGCCAUCUUCGUCAAAAGGCUUGGUUCUGCAGCUUUAGCUAGGUGACUAUUUGACUAAAGGAUGUUAAUGUUUUUUUGACAUCUCAAUGACCGAGGUAGACUACAGCAUUACCCAGUAAUAAUCAAGUUUUGGUGUUUGACCUGGAAAAUAUCAUCAAGAAAUAUGGAUAUGGUCGGCCAUAUUGCAGUAGAAAAUAGAUGGACGAAUUAAAAUGCAUAAGAAAGUUGUUGAUUUUUAAUAUUAUUUUUAACAGUCAUUUCUGUGAUGUUUACUUUAAAAUGUUAGCAAAAAUACAUUUUUAUUGUGGUAAAUGCUUGAGAGCCAGAUACAGUCAUCAAAAGAGCCCUACCUGGCUCCCGAGCCAUAGGUUCCCUACCUCUGAUCUAAGGUAUAACUCCAGUGACGUGUGGUGAUGUUCAUGAUUGGUGAGGCACUGACUCCUUUGGAGUCUUCUACAUAUUAAUACAGGUUGCUCAUUUAAAAAAAAAAAAAAAAAAACGCUAAUAUUUCAGUUGGGUUAAAAACUACCUUUAAUCUGUACAUGAAGUACAUGUACCCUAUCCUUCUCCAGGAAUAGCUCUUAUACUUUGUUGUAAAAGUCUGAUCACCUCCUGGUGAGCUGGGGUGUAUACAGUAGUCCUUCAACUUGGAAGUCAAACUCAUUCAUUCAUCACAGCAUAAAAAUAUCUAGAAAUUGACCUGUCAAUCUAGUUGGAGCUCACACUACUGUUGUGUAUUUCAAUAAAGUUUUAAUGACGUUUAAAGGGGACCUAUUAUGCUCAUUUGUCGGAC